CCACAUGUACAGUUUAAAUGUUUCUAUACCUUAGAUUUGUAAUGAUUAAUUCUAUCAUUUUAUAGUAACAUCUAAUUGUUAAUUUGUUUUAUCUUUAAUUCUGCUUUAUUUUCAUUUUCUUUGUUAAUUAGUCAAUGAAUAAUGAGCUCCUACAGUGGCAAUUACUGGAAACAAUUAGCUCCUAGACCCUUUUCAUCCUUAUGGAUUUGGUGUGCUCAUCGCUCACUCAAAAAUCAACCACAUGUUUUCUUUUCACCUCAUAAUAUUGUUUCCCAUGAUGAAGAUGAUGAUUAUUCUGAUGAUGAUUCCCACGGCCCGCUUAACUAUUUCGAUUAUGAUGGAGACAGUGAAGGAUCAACAGAUUGGUUAGACUCAACCUUGGCAAGCUUAGAUCAAAUAUAUUUAUCUCCAUCUGAGUGUAUCAUCAAAUCUAUUCCUGUUAACUCUGGUCAUCGCAACUCAUCAUCCACAGAUGUUGAUGGUAAUCAGAUUCUGAGCGAAACUAAAUCAAAAAGGCGUAUUCCUAAACGUUCGGACAACAAGAGGAGGAAAGUUGAAGCUGAUAAUCGUGACAAUAGUAAACAAGCUCCGGCUAGUGAACAAGAAGUUUCAACAUUAUCCCAGGAACAAGAAGAUAUUCUCGAAAGCCAAGCAAUGAAGAUAUUAGAUGUCAAUGAGUCCCAUUCGAUUAUUGUUUUAAAGAAGAGCCCAGUCAAAUAUUUUUCAAUCAUAUAUGGUGAUGCUAAGCUUACUACAAUAGUUGGCUCUAUGAUCUGUGAUGGUUACACAUUGAAUCCUGAAGAAUCAGCUCACAUUUCAACUGGCUUUGGCUCCUAUCAAAUAUGUAUCAACCCGCUGAAAUUUCAAAGAUAUCCUUCAAAGGAUCACUUAGCAGAAGUUUUAGAUUCUUUCGGCAUAUCAGAAUCCCUGAAAGAAAAAAUUUUUGAUUAUCUUGUCAAUAGAGACUCUAGUAUGGCCGAGUCACUCAUUUUUUCGCUAGAAAAAUGGAGGUGGCCGGCAUUAACAGCGUUGCGAUUGUUCAUUAACCCAGAAGUUGAAUUUUCUCAUUGGUUUCAGUUGUCAUUUUCUGAAACAAAAUCUCCUGUUGGUCAAUGGUCUCGCAUGUUGGAAAGAUUAUCAGAUGAUAUCACACAGAAAACGCGAGCUGGUUUAGAUCGUCCACUAAGUCCGAUCAAAGGUAAAUCGACAAGAGGAGUUAGGAUAGUUCUUCUUGGUGGCUGUAAUAGUGGAAAGUCCAGUUUAACUCGUCAUCUUAGUAAUAGAAUAAUCAGUUCUGUUACAGAUAAACUUUUCUUGUUCGAUUGUGAUCCAGGACAAUCUGAGUUUUCUUCACCAGGCAUAGUGAAUUCAAUUUGUGUUAAAGAACCAAUCUUAAGCCCGCCAUUUGUUAAUUGUCUUCGCUUCAAUAAGGAUAUUUUAGCCAGUUGUUCAAUCGCUGGCAUAGGAAUUCAAAAUAAUCCAGAUCUCUACAUUGCUGCGAUAAAGCAUUUAUGGAAAACUUUUCUUCUUUCACUACCUGAUGCAGAUAUCGAUAAACCUAUCAUAGUUAAUACUAUUGGUUGGACUCAAGGGCUUGGUAUUAAUUUAAUGGUUGAUGUUCUACGCAUUUUUCAACCGACUCAUGUAAUUGAAAUAAAAAGACCACCAUAUGAUGGAAAGGAUAAUUUUCCUUUUAAUUGUAAUCCUGCUACAGUGAAUCAACUCGAUGGCUGGUCAUUGAAACCUGAUUUCGGAGGCCCUCCAAAUAUGCCCGAAAACUCUCAAUGCUCCUUAAAACCUUAUCUCAACUAUGAUUACAUUCGGAUAUAUAAUGAAUUCGCACCUAAAAGAUGCUCUAGACAAGCUCGAACCAAUCGUGUCAACAACCAAUUAGCUUACUUUUGCCUUAUGGAUGAAAUACUUUUUAAAAGUUUCUAUGAACUUGAAGUAAUAACUCUCGACCUAAAAAACCUUUAUUUCCAUGUGCAGUACGAAUUUCCAAUUGAUAAACAGCUUAUCCCUCAUGUUAUAAAAGACUCAUGGGUUCAUCUUUGCUCAAUAGAUGAACCAAAUUUACCUCAAAAUGAUCAAUAUUCGCCCAAAGAUCAAUCUCUAUUGGAGCAAAAUAGACCAAGUACCUCAACUUAUCAGGAUAAUUCUAUUGGAAAGAUUUAUCCAAUGUCAAAUGAAUCCGCUGUAACUUGCCAAGAUUUGAGUGACAGUGCAGGAACUUCAUCAACAAAAUUCGCAUCUUCCGUCCCACCUGGAUUUUCCCAACUCAAUCCCAAUGCCAAACCAUUUUGGGGAAUAGAGCCGAAAGUAAAUUUGAAAAUAUUGCCUUUUCUCAGAGAAAAUAAAUAUCUUGGAUCAGCAAUCGUCCGUGAUAUUGAUUUGGUGAACGACAAAUUAAUAAUAAUCACUCCCGAGUCGCCUGAAAAAAUUGCUCAAGUCAAUUGUAUCGUAAGACCCCAAGGCAUUUUUGUACCUGACCCAUUGCAAUUAGGUAAUCAUUGAAAUGAAUCGUUUUCUUUUUUAUGUAAAAAAAUAUGCAAAAAAAUUUGUUUAUUGGCAACUCAGUGUUAACUGAAUAGAAAAUAUGAGUAAUAAUAGCGACAUUAAAUGCUUUAAAAUGCGGCAGGAAUUAAAAAGGUA